AUGUCUCUCAACUGGGUGAUGCUCGAUGAACGGAAAAAGCCUGUUCCUCUCCCGGACGAGCGUAACAUCUCGACAGUCCCAAACGCUCAACUCACAGUGCACAUUCCCAACUCAAGCGACAACGGCACGAACCUGAUUCAAACAAUCACAGCAUCCGGCGACGUCUGGCUCACUUCUGACCGGUUUGUGUUUGUAGCCGCGCCAGAAUCCCAAUCCACGUCUUUGGGCUUAUUCGCGCUUGUUUCACAGGUGAUCUCGUCAGCUCCGGCAAAUGAAACUUCUGGCACGAAGCUAGAAACACUCUCUUUGCCGUGGCUUUCGGUUUUAUCCACUUCGUUUGCCCAACCGUACUUUGGUGCGAAUUACCUCGCGAUGGACGUUCGGCCAGCCGAAGGGGGUGGUUUGGUACUGGGAACCAAGGUUGAAGUACGAUUAACCGAUAGGGGCAUGUUUGAGUUCAUCAAUAUGGUAGAGGGGAUACGAAACAAGGCGAUAGAGAGGGCAAGGGAUGCAAGGUUGGGGGAGCCACUGCCAAUUUACAACCAGCCUCAGCCUAGCGUUGCUCCACCUACGGACGACCUCCCACCAGGCUACACUGCCUAG